UCUUCUCCACCUCUCUCUCUUCUCUCUUCUCUAUAGCUCAGUUUUUCUUUCUUCUCUUUCUUCAACCCAUAAGCGCAAGCCACAGGGCUCUCUAUCCAUGGAGAGGAAAUCUCUUGGCAUCUUCUUCUUCCUCCUCCUCAUCCUCUUGGCUUCUCAAGAGAUGGUGGUGCCAAGCGAGGCAAGAGUCUGUGAGUCACAAAGCCAUAAGUUCGAGGGUGCAUGCGUGGGAGACCACAACUGUGCUCUGGUCUGCAGGAAUGAAGGCUUCUCCGGCGGCAAGUGCAAAGGCUUCCGCCGCCGAUGCUUCUGCACUAAGCUCUGCUAAAAUCCCACCUUUCUUUUGCUGUUUGUAGCUAAGAGUUCAAGUAAUAAACAAAGAACUGAGCCCAUAGGCUUGCUGGUUGCCUCGGUUCUUGGUUGAGUGGGUUUUAUUUCAGGGUUUACUGUUUGGCUUUUGUGAGUACAUCUCAUGAAUAAAGAGUCUGUCCAUGUCCACCCUCUUGGGAGGGCAAGUAGGGUUUAAUACCCGAGCCAUGUACAAGUUUGAACUUAAUUUCUUUUGGUAUUUUAGUUCUAUUUUGCUUUA